CCCGCCUCAGAGUGUCCCAGACCCUGACACCAUGAAGAUCCCAAUUUUUCCCGCUGUGGCUCUCCUCUCUCUUCUGGCCUUGCAUGCGGUCCAGGGAGCUGCCCUGGGGGGCGCUGAGGGCUUUAACAGUCAGUUCCUGAACCUUGACAAGUUGCAAUCUGCCUUCAAGUCGGAGGACUUCCUGAACUGGCAUGCCAUCACUGAUGCGUUCAAAAAGGCAUUGCCUUUCAUUAACUGGGACUUCUUCCCUAAGGUAAAAGGACUGAGAAGUGCAGUUCCUGAUUCCCAGUGAUCAUUCUCUUUAAGACCUAGGACCUAGGCUGACCCCGUGAAGAGGAGGCUAGCAUGGAAUCCGACGUCCAUUCCACAGCAAAUCUCCCCUGGCUCAGUACCUCCAAUAAAGCGUUUUCCACCAA